CACUUUUCCGCCGGUGCCAAUUACGCACGGAGGCGCACUGAGGCAUCUGCUCGUUCAUCGCUGAGGACAGGGGUCAGCUGAAGGGUGACUAGAACUCUUUCAUGUUGGUCGGUCCACUGCCUGUCCCCAAUGACCGUCACUUACACAGCCCGAGUCGCCAACGCUCGCUUCUGUGGGUUCUCCAAGCUGCUACUGGCCUGGAAAGGAAGCAUAUACAAGGUGUUGUACAAAGAGUUCCUGGCUUUCUUUGCCAUGUAUAGCGCCAUCAGCCUCACCUACAGGUUCUUCCUCCAGGAUGCUCAGAAGAGGUAUUUUGAGAAGCUGGCCAUUUAUUGCAACCACUACGCCAGCCUCAUCCCCAUGUCCUUUGUGUUGGGCUUUUAUGUGACCUUGGUGGUGAACCGCUGGUGGAGCCAGUACACCAGCAUCCCGCUCCCUGACCAGCUCAUGUGCGUCUUGUCUGGCGGUCUCCAAGGCAACGACGAGCGGGGUCGCCUGCUGCGACGCACCAUGAUGCGCUACGCAAGUCUGUCAGCCCUGCUCAUCCUUCGGUCGGUCAGCACAGCCGUCUUCAAACGCUUCCCCACCAUGGACCACGUGGUGGAGGCGGGCUUCAUGACAAGAGAGGAGCGGAAGAAGUUUGAGGGCCUCCACUCUCCCUACAACAAGUACUGGAUCCCCUGUGUCUGGUUCACCAACCUGGCUGCUGUGGCCCGCUGUGAGGGCCGGAUCAAAGACGACCACACACUCAAGCUGCUGCUGGAGGAAGUGAAUGCGUUCAGAGGCAAAUGCAGCAUGCUGUUUCACUACGAUAUGAUCAGUGUCCCUCUGGUCUACACGCAGGUUGUGACCCUGGCUGUGUACAGCUUCUUCCUGGUCUGUCUGAUCGGGCGCCAGUUUCUGGACCCGAGUCAAGGCUACCCAGGUCAUGACCUGGACCUGUAUGUGCCCAUCUUCACUCUGCUGCAGUUCUUCUUCUACGCUGGCUGGCUCAAGGUCGCAGAGCAGCUGAUCAACCCGUUUGGAGAAGAUGACGACGAUUUUGAGACAAACUGGCUGAUCGACCGCAACUUUCAGGUGUCAAUGAUGGCGGUGGAUGAGAUGUACGGCGACCUGCCCAUGAUGGAGCGAGACCGCUACUGGAACGACUCCAAUCCCAGACCACCCUACACGGCGGCGACGCUCUUCGUCCUCCGCAAACCGUCUUUCCAGGGCUCAACGUUCGACAUGGCGAUUCCUAAGGAGGAGAUGCACUUCCAGCCUCUGGAGGACAUCGCUGAGAAUCUGGAGGAGUCGCGCAGUCGUCACCCAAACAUGGCCCUCUUCAACCGGCUCCUCAACGUGGCCCCCUCUCCCACCGGUCUGAUGGGUGGAGCUCUUCGUCGGACCUCCGCUCAGCUCCAGAGGCUCCACCACACUCCGAGCAACGACCAAUGCAGCAGCGAUGAGGAGGACAACGACAGCGGCAAGAUCGGCAAAGGAGGCUCUCUGCCGUCCGGCCUGGGGCAGGACACUCAGAGCACCAUGUGCAGCUUCAGAGAGGAGAAGAGCAGCAGAACACCGCUUCUGGAGAUUCAGUUCGGGCUGGAUCAGGAGAGAAGCGACCAGCAGAAAGAUGCAGACGAUCAGAGUCAAAACGAAGAGGCUCAGUCUCUGGUGUCUCUGCUUCCUCCUCCCCCUCGACCACACUCAGCUUUCCUGUUCCACCCUGGAGACCAGUCCAGUCUGGAGCACUGCAGCUCCCAGCCCAUUAUCACCCAGGGUAGAACUGCGCCCACAUUCCCCAAACCACCUUUUGGGAAAAACAGAAUGACCUUCCUGACCGUGCCCUCGUACGACAGGCCUCAACGUUUCCGCAGCGUCAGCAUGGGGUCAGAGUUCACCGGGACCUAGGAGAGAAACCAAUGUAAACUCUGAGCCACGUCUUGAUGAAGUGAUGGUGGUGGGUGGUGUAUAUGCAACAGGACCCUUUGUUUGUUAAAACAACAUAAUAACACACUUUUAAACUUUUUUUAAACCAUAAAUAAUUGCCCUAAGUGUAUUGUAUUUAUAUAAUAUGUGUGCAAUGAGAUCAA